AUGCCGAUUGCUCAUAGCCAUGGCGAUCUUGUCGUACCGGUAUCUCACAUGUAUGUUCGUUUGGCGUACACGAUAGCGACAUUGUGGCGUAGGGUUGAAGGAGCCAAGUCAGAUGUGUCUCACCUCCUCGCGAUGAUAUCGUUCGCGGUGGGUGAGAUAUUUCUGCAGGUGAUGAUGUAUGUAAGUUUGCCCGACGAACUACGUGAGCAUGAGGGUUGGUAUGGAAACAGCAAACAGUAUUAUGUUAAUUCGUAGUUUGUAAAUCCAGCCUGGAAUGCACAUUGUCCAGGGUUGAGACUGGUAUGGGUGUCGAUACCAGCUUUACUGAAUAACAAUAGAUUUAUAUGGAUGGUAACCGACACGCUGUCCCUACCAUAUCGAUGAGGGCACAGCAGGUAAAGGACUUGGUCAUUUCACAAGCGUUUAUCCUUCCUGUGGAUGCCUUGAAGGUUGCACAGAUGGCUCUUUAG